UCGUGAUCGCGUCACAUGCGGGGCCCCGCCCCGCCCCCUCCGCGGGAUCCCAUCCAAUGCGCUGGCGGGCUGGCGGCGUGUCCGCACCGUGAUUGGUCAGAACGGACGUCAGUCCGCGGAGGGGCGGGGCGUGGCGGAGGCCCCGAGUUCGGGAUGGCCGGCAUGAACCAGGAGCGGAGCCUGCGGGAGGAGCUGACCUGUGCCAUCUGCUGCGAGCUGUUCAGCGAGCCCGUCAUGCUGGACUGCAUGCACCACUUCUGCAAGGGCUGCAUCCAGGAGUACUGGGAGAGCUGCGCCCAGGGCCCGUCGUGCCCGCAGUGCCGCCGCAGGUUCCCCAGCCGCGCCUUCCGCACGCACUACCUGCUGGCGGGGCUGGUGGAGAAGGUGCGGCGCUGCGGCUCCCACGAGCACCGGCACAAGAUGCAGAAGCACCUGGAAGAUGCUUUGCAUGCUCGUCAGAAGGAGAUGGAGAACUUGCUGCAGAGGAAGCAUGUGGUGCAGGAGGACAUCUGCAGCCUGAGGAAAGUGUCUGGGGAGCUGAACUUUAAGAUUCGGGCUGAGUUUGCUCGCCUUCAUCAGAUCCUGGAGGAAGAGGAGAGAGCUGUGCUGGCAGAGCUGGGUGAGAAGGAGGAGCAGUCACUGGCCCAGCUGCACAGGCACGUUGGCCAGCUGGAAGAGGGGAUGGAAGUGCUGCAGAGGGACAUUGAGCGUGUCAAGCAGACCCUGAGCAAGAUGGAAGAUGUGUCACUGCUGGAGGUGGAGAGCCUGGAUAUCAGGCCCUCGGUGCAUGUUGAGACCCAGCCUGCCCUGGACCUGCAGCACUACAGGGACAGCCACAGUGGUCCCUUGCAGUACAUCUUCUGGAGGCACAUGCUGCGCUCCAUCUGCCCUGCUCCUGCCCCACUCACCUUUGAUCCUGAGUCUGCCCACCCCAACCUGGUGUUCUCCAGAGACCUGACAGCAGUGACAGAGAGCAGUCGAGCCCAGCCUGUGCCCGUCAGCCCCCGGCGCUUCCGGCAGUGCGUCAACGUUCUGGGCGCGCAGGCCUUCGGCAGCGGCCGGCACUACUGGGAGGUGUGGGUGGGCAGCAAAACCAAGUGGGACCUGGGGGUGGCUGCUGACACUGUGGACCGGGCAGCCAAGGUCAAGCUGUGCCCAGAGAAUGGCUACUGGACGCUUCGCCUGCGGAACAGGACGGAGUACUGGGCCACUGCCACCCCCUGGGUGCGCCUGGCUCCCCGCCUGCCCCUGCAGAAAGUGGGCGUCUUCCUGGACUGCCGGGAGGGCACUGUCACCUUCUUUGAUGCUGGGGACAUGUCCCACCUCUUCACCUUCCACCAGGUGUCUGCAGAGAGAUACUGCCCCUUCUUCAGCACCUGCUUCAGUGACGGGAGGGACAACGUGGAGCCCAUGCGCCUCUGUCACCUGGCCCUGUGAGGGACACCAGCCUGGCUCCUGCCCGGGCUGUGCUGGAGGCCAGUUCUGCACACACAAGCCUGAUGGGUGUUGCAGGAGCUGUUCCGGUUUCAGUGCUGGGACAAAGGAGAGGAUUAGUCUCUUCCCAGGUCCUGUCUGCCCUCCCUUCCCUGUGCCAUGGCUGUGGUUGCCACAAGGCAUUCACAGGGGUUCCUGGCACCCCGGUACAACCUCCCCUUCCUGAGCACAGCACAGUUCAGUGAGAGCAGCCACGGGGCUGCAGGGGAGGUGGCUGUGAGUUGCUGGCACCUCCUGUCUCUCUGUGCCCCCACCCAUAAGCCCCGUGGAGGGGGCAGCUGUCCCGGAGCUCCAUCGGGUGCACCUCAACUCCACAUCCCGAGCACGGGCAUCCUCUGCUGGAGGAGCUUCCCGGGGCAGGGCUCCGGGCCGGCAGCAGAGGGAGCCCGGUGCGCGGCCCAGGGACUGCAGCACCUCGCUCACUAUUAAAGCUCGUUGCAAAGCCAGUGGUGCCUGCUGGGCCUGCUCGAGGCUUGUGUGUUGGGGGAAUCUGCUGCUCUGGGGUGUGGCACAGCCUGGGGGCACCGAGCAGCCCCCCGGAGCCCUGCUCCAGCCCUGGCUCUUCUGUGCCUGCACACUGCUCCCACUGUUCCCACACAGUUCCUUGGAGCACUUCCUGCACAUCUUGCAGUGGCUUUUCACCUUUUGCUGUUUGAGAGCAAGGGAGAGAGGUCCUCUGAGCCUAGCCCUGAUGUUGGGCUACAGAGUUUUAAGAUUUCAUCAUCUCUGGCCUGGCUGGGUCUUAAGGAUUUGUACAUAUAAAAAAUGGCAAGUUCCCAUUCUUUCCAAAUUCA